GAAGACAUCUUAAGCAUGUUCGGAGGACGCUUUCAGCAUGUCUGUGAACAGUGUUUCCAUCAAAGCCCUCGGAAGGUCUCUCUUACUGACUUAUGCCAAUCCCACCCACGCCCGGUGCCCCUUCUUGCUCACAUCAUUACCGACAGCACCAGAAAGCAAUGCCAUGCCAUCCGACCCAUGCCUUAUGCGCCUCAUGUUCGAAUGUGUGCCCACAGCUCCAGGGGUUUCCUGUGUCGAGAGGAAAACGGGCACUGCCCCAAUGCGCACAGUGAGGUUGAGCUUGCGGUGUGGAAGGUGGAGCAGAAAUAUGGCCUCACCCGGAGUGCAAUACAAGACGAUACCGGAGAAAACAUAGGUUUUUACUGCCGCCUCUGCUUGGUUAGCGCCAGCACUCAAGAAAGUUUCGAAGCACACUGCUCUUCACUGGAACAUGGGCGCAUUCUAGCAGCCGAUUCACUGCAAGUGUGGAAUCACCGUGACCCACCGGAUCGCAUGAAAAGAUGCUUCAUCUGUGAAAACCCAUCACAGUGCAUCUACGGGGAGGGUUGUGAGAAGGCUCACAGCCAGGAAGAACUGCAGGAAUGGAUUCUGAGGGUGAAAAUAAGCAGACGGAACAAGCAGGUGGUGGAGGAAGAAAGUCUCCAGUCUUACCGGGACCGACUGAUGCAAGAAUAUCAACACAGCAGCAGUGACAACCCGGUGCUUUCAGAAGAAGGUGAAGUCAUUGAAGGUAUUAAAGUCAUAUGUGAUAGUCCUUUGGAGAUUAAGUCCGAGCAAAAGCCAGUGAAAAAAGAUUGGAAUUUUACUGUUCAUUCCAAGGGUUUGACUAUCUGUAGUGAAGAAUUGUAA